UGUAACAUUUUCAUGCGAUUCAGUUGUUGUUUUGUACACAAGACGAAAAGUCAUAAAAACGAAAGAUUGCUAACGCUACCUGCGAGCUCGUUCCAGAAUAAAACAUUAUUCAUCCAAAACUAAACAGUUUUUUGUGUUUACUUUCGAUCAUUCGAAGCUGAAGUGAAUAUAUUUUUUUUGAAAAAAUAUUUUUUUAAAUUCUUUUAAAAACGAAACAAAAACAAGAACAAAAAUUCAACUGGGACUCAGACAAUAAUUUCGUAUUUUCUACGAUGAAUAUAGAAAUAUCUCAUUUGAAUAUGGCGGGAGAUGCUGAACAAACAGACUCAUCUGGAAAGUACACUUUUGGCGGUGGAUCUUCAUCGGCAAAGAAAUAUUGGCCAACCAUUCUUAAAUCGAUUGAAUUGGUUUUGUGUUUAUUGUGCCUUGUUCUGAUCGAUGAUCCAGCGCAUAAUUCAAGAAUUCAUGUUUUUGUAUCUCAACGAACAGUUUCAUUCGUCUAUGUCACAUUUGGAUCAUACUUGAUCUACACUCUUAUUUUCCUAAUUGGAAAACUCAUUCGUGACGAAUGGCCGUGGAAGACAGCAUCAAUUUUCGCGUGCGUGGCGGUGUUCUUGUUCUUGGUCUGUGGAUUUUUGUUGUUGAAGAACUGGUCCGACACAAAGGAACGCAACAUUUGGCCACCAAAUACAACCAGUAGCCCUGGUGAGCCAGCACCGAUGAACACAAAUAAUCCGAAUGGUAUACCGGUUGAAACAACCAAAGGGUGCGAAUUUAUCCAUCCGCAAAGAAUUCUUGUAUUGGAUCUACUUUGUGCAUCUGGAUUCAUAUCGAUCAUUACCGCCAUCACCUUUUUGGUCGAUGCUAUUUUGAUGAUUCGCGCCGGCAACCGAGGUGAAUUCGAAUAUUAAAUUUUAUCAAGCGGCGGUCAAUAUACAGAAACAACGAUCCAAUCGAUCAAAACAACGAAAAGAAAGAAAUAUCGAUUUUCGAUUUUAAGCAACAAACAAAAAAAUUAAGCAUUAUGCUCGUAGUAAUUAAAACAAAAAGAGUUACUUUAUCUACGUAUUCUUAAUAGUUUACGUACUGUAAAAUGGUUUAACAUCAAAUCUAGCUCAACCCACAGAUUUAUAUUUGAGUUAAUAUAUAUACUUUUAAACGCAUUUCCACGCAAAACAAAUACGGUAAACCAUUAAUAAGAUGCAAUUUUUCGAGUAGACAACGUGGCAGGGAAUCAAAUAAAAUUCAAAAUUUAUAAAAGUGCCUCUAGUGCAAAAUAGUUCCAUCCAAUGAUUUAUAUUCGAAUAUUAUAUAGUACAUGUGUAAUUGAUGUUCAAUGAUUUACCAAAAAUUUAAACCGUUAGCAAUUAUUACUAUAUAUUUAGGCACACUAUUCUUUUCUUUUAUUUUUUGAAAAAACAUAAAGUCAUUUUAAAUAACUACAUUUAUAAUGCAUAUAUGAAAUGAUGAAGCAUUAACAGAGAAUAUUUUUAAUAGUGCACAUCAACACAAUUCAAAACAUGCGAAGGUAACAAUAGAGCAAACACAACAGAAGAGUGGCCAUUACUUUUAUUUUAAACAAACUGCAAUCCAAUGUCUUAUUAUUAUAACUAUUUCUUUUCUCAAACUUCAUUGUUGUAACUAUGUUAUGAAUAAAUAAAUGACGUGUACAAAGAAAGCGAC